CACUCAGCUGCGACCGGAGGAGUCUGCGCUUUAGACCACCCUGUCAACGUCCCAUCGAUCCCCGGCGUAGGGUUACCGGCAUUGGCCGAUGUAACUGCCUUUCAGGAUUUCGACGCUCCGAGUGCAUUGCAAACGAUAGCGAUCAGCUAUGGCGUGCGGGAGUGCUUUCCAUGGAACCCUUUUCGUCCACUCCGUCCUCAAAUCCCCCUCUUCCUCCUCCAAAUCUUUCUUCUCCUCUGCUUCCGCUUUAACUGUGAGUAGUGGCUUCAGAAGGCCUCUUCGCUCCGGGAGUGGCGGUGUCGGGCACAAGCGGACCUUGGCGCCCUCCGCCUCCGCUUCCUUUUCCGACGACCUCCGCCCGCCCCUUGGGGAGAACCCCGAGGGCGUCAUAUCUGGGGAGUGGCCGGAGAACUUCUCCCUCCUUAGCUACGAUGACCUGCGCGCCUACCUCGAAACCCAGAUCAUCAGUGAUGAGACGAAGCCGUCGGCGAAGCUAGCAACGGUGAUGUCAACGCAGAUCCGGAAGGCGAGACCGGAGCAGGCUCUGGAAGAGAUCGAACACAAUUUCGAAUUCGUGUCGGGGCUUCCUGUGGUCGACGACGAACUUAGGUGCAUCGGUGUCAUCUCUAAGAAGGACAAAGCCAGAGCACCUAAUGGGCUGAAAUCCAAGGUGGGAGAAGUCAUGUCUUCUCCUGCGAUCACACUCACACCUGACAAUACAGUCCUAGAUGCUGCAGCCUUAAUGCUUAAGAUGAAGGUCCACAGGGUACCUAUUUUAGAUGUGGAAAAGAGAGUUAUAGGAAUGGUGACUCGAACUGACAUAUUCCAAGCAUUGGAGGCACAGAAGGUAGAGUCCGUUUCUUAGAGCACGCCCACCAGCUAUGUAUUAAAUGAGUGCAAUGCUUUUGAUGUAAUUAUAUUUGCAGCUGAAUUACUGUUCUUGUAUAAUCCGUGUGUCAGCAUUUCUUGUGAUAGAACUACUGUUCUUUCGGAAUACUAUGCAACUGCUUUGCAUGGGUUAUGUCGUCGUACAUAGAUUGUCAUGCUGUAUUUGUGUGUCAGAACUUUUUUGGCUGGGUAAGUUAUAUUAUAUGAUGCUUGACAUA